GAAUUUAAAGGGCCCGCUGUCCUCCCGAAGUUGGUGCGGAGGCAAACGGCGGUUGCGCUGGUGUGUGGACUGUGCUUUGCCAUGGCGUCCGUGCGGCUGGAAAUACUGCUUUUCCUCCUGGCAGCGUACGGUGCUCGGGCUGGGACGACGAAAGAGGAGGACGAUGACACGGAACGUUUGCCCAGCAAAUGCGAAGUGUGUAAGCUGUUGAGCAUGGAGCUGCAGGAAGAGCUGAGUCGAACUGGCCGCUCUCGAGAAGUGCUGGAGCUGGGGCAGGUGCUGGACACGGGCAAGAGGAAAAGACACGUGCCUUACAGCCACUCUGAGACGAGGUUGGAGGAGGCUUUGGAGAAUUUAUGUGAGCGGAUCUUGGAUUACAGUGUGCACGCUGAGCGCAAGGGCUCACUGAGAUAUGCCAAGGGUCAGAGUCAGACCAUGGCAACACUGAAAGGCCUAGUGCAGAAGGGGGUGACUGUGGAUCUGGGCAUCCCUUUGGAGCUGUGGGACGAACCCAGCGUGGAGGUCACAUUCCUCAAGAAGCAGUGUGAGACCAUGCUGGAAGAAUUUGAAGAGGUUGUGGGAGACUGGUACUUCCACCAUCAGGAGCAGCCCCUACAGAACUUUCUCUGCGAAGGUCAUGUGCUUCCAGCCUCUGAAACUGCUUGUCUACAGGAAACCUGGACUGGAAAGGAGAAGAUCAGUGAUGGGCAGGAGAAGGCAGAAGAAGAGGAGGAGGAAGAGGAGGAGGAGGAGGGGAAAGAAGAGAUAACCAAGACUUCAGGCACUCCCAAGCGCGACCCAGAAGAUCUGUGACCCUUACAUGAACCCCAAGGAAGGGUCAUGGAGAGUUUUCUAAACUCCGAACUCUCCUUUCCCCAUCAGUUACAAGGCUUGUAACUGUCUUUUUUGUAUGAUCUCAGGCAUGAUCCUGGGGACCGGGAGAGGCAACGUGAGAGAAGUGGGGAGAAGGGGAGCCAGUUGCAGCCGCUUCAUUGGCUGAGUGUGUGUGGUGACAGUGUUGAAACUUUUCUGUACGUUUCGCUGGUCUUCACCUGCACCCAUUGAUCGGUGAUGGUACGAGCUGUGGGAAAAUCGCUUUGCUUUUUGGAGGGUCUAUUUUAGACCCUUUCAGGGGGCCGGAGAAGGGCUGGAGAUGUAACUCAGUUGGUAGAAUGCCUGCCCAGAGUGGACAGUGAUGUGAGUUGGGCCACAUGAGACCUAUGCAGGCAGGGCUACAUUCAGGGCCAUCAUCCAGCUACGCAGCACAUGACAACGGAGCUAAACGAGACUCUGUCUCAAAGCAGCCAAAAAGGGGACUCCCAACAGCCAGCAGACACGGCAAACAUGAGGUGGUAUGCCGUCAGCCUGUGAGCAGGCACAGGAUACUGUAAGGGAGCGAAGCAGUGCCCGUAGGUUGGGGGUAGGCACGUGGCCUAUGUCGUACUUCAGAGGUGCCGUAUUUUCUAUAUCGCUAUUAAACCUUUUCUCUGAACCAGCCGGGUCCCAUUCCAAACAUGCAUAUUA